AAUUUUUGUCUGCACCCACAAACCAAUUUUUUGCAAACUUGAAGACGCUACACUGUAGCAUCUUGUCGCAAUCAUGUCGGCGACGAAUAAACAAGGCAAGAUGGCCGGUUACAUCAAUUACCGGAUGCGGGUCACCUUGAAUGAUGGCCGCCAAAUGACUGGCCAGAUGCUUGCAUUCGACAAACACAUGAACCUCGUCCUCGCCGAUACCGAAGAGUUUCGCCGAAUCAAACGCAAGCAGAACAAACCCGCCGCGCCUGGCGCAUCGUCGUCCGCCGCUCAGACCGUGGAGCAAGAAGAGAAGCGCACGCUGGGCUUGACGAUUGUCCGAGGUGCGCAGAUUGUUUCUCUGUCUGUCGAGUCUCCUCCCCCGGCAGAUCCCAGCGCUCGUCUGGGCAAAACCACAGGCGCCGGCAUCGCGACGACACUUACGGCUGGACCCGGCGUUGCGCGACCUGCCGGACGGGGUGCGGCUGUUCCCAUCUCCCUCGCUGGCCCUGCUGUAGGUGUCGGCGGCGCUGCGCCUCCUCCCUUCCCGGCCUUCCCAGGCGCUCCCGGUUUCCCUGGUCGCGGAGGCCCUCCGCCCCCCGGCUUUCCCGGCGGUUUCCCUCCCGCUGGCUUUCCUGGAGCCCCCGGGUUCCCUCCCGCAUUCCCUCCUGGCGGAGCGCCCCCGACUGGCUUCAACCCACCGCCGCGGAGAUAAUGUCACAUUUUCUUGGUCUACGUCACUGAUACCCGGCAAAUAAUCUGAUGUAGGCGUUGUGAGAUUUCUCAUCAACUUGUCUACUGCUUGAUGCGGUCCUCGGAGAUUCUGAACACUCCUCGAGAUUUACGAAGAAUGGUUUUUAAAGGCGGCGUUCGGGGGUCAUUGAAAACUGCGGGAAAGGGCAUGAUUGCGGCCUGUAUUCUAACCGAGACUACUGAAGGAUCAAGACGGCUCUUUGCAGCCUCGCAGGAGAGUAAAGAGAACCUCAAGCGACAUUAGCUUCGUGGCCGUCUUUUUAAAGAUGAAAAUGCCCU